AUGUUCUACAUGGGCCGCGUGCGGAGGUCACUACGAGCAGCUUUCCACCGAAAGCACCCAGGUGAGUGCAUGCCAGCUGCUCCUCUUCGGGCUUUGGGCUACACCUCUGCCGGUGGCUCUUUCGCCAAGAUCGGUGGCGACAAUAAGCCCAUGAGCUCAUUAAUGAAGAUCGGCUAUGCUACUGGCACUGGCAACGUUUACUGCAACAAGAUUGUGCUGAUGGACGAAGCGCACAAUCUGGUCCGCAGCCAGACACAGUACGCGGAGCAGUUGCAGCGCUUGCGGCGAUUGCUCUACGAGGCCCGUAGCUUGGUCUUGGCGGGCUUCACCGGCACACCGAUCCUCUCGGAGCCCAGCGAGGGGCGGCAGCUCCUGGACAUCAUCAAGGGCGUCAUGGCGCCUGAUGGAGACGAAGGAUAUCUCUCCUCCUUUCCCAUGCGGCCGCAGCCGCUGUUUCCCGUGUCGCUCCCCCGGGGACUGCCUGACGGCGUCCUGACGCUGGCGCGACGGCGGCAGCUGAUUCGGAAGGCCCCUGCUUGCCAAAAAGUGGGAGUUAGCGCCCAUGGUUCUAGGAUUAGGGUACUUUGGGGUUGA